AUGUCCAAUUCAAUUGAAGCUCUGUAUCAAAUUCAUAGCCAUGAAAUAUUCUGGAUCAACAUCCAACCAUUUCUUCUGCAACGAGGGUACCGUCUCCGCCCAAGAUAUGAUCCGAAUUGGACACCGUCGUGGCUGCAGGGCAAGUCAGGGAAAAAGCACCCUUCUCCUAUCUUGUUCGAAGAUAGUGUCUGUAUAGUUGAGUGGUUUAUAUUGGUUUUUAAACAUAUUCAAACAACUAUUCAUGCUCCAAAGAGCAGAGACAUUUUGAUAGACGCAACCAGGCUGGAGAACGGUGAGAAGGUCGUUCUCAAAAAGGUGGAAACAAAUUCGCAAGAGAUUCCAUUUGCCGUGACUUUCUCUUCCAAAGAAUGGAAAAAGGAUGUUAGAAAUUGCUGUGUUCCGAUAUUGGACGUCAUCAUGAUUCCAUGCGACGAUGACCACGCUCUUUUGGUUAUGCCCCAGCUUUUAGGCUUCCAUUUUCUCCCUUUCAGGUUUCUCGGUGAAUUCUGUCAGUUUACUCUUCAAGUCCUUCAGGGACUCGAGUUUUUGCAUGAGUAUAAUAUCGUGCAUAGGGAUAUUUGCUGGGGCAAUAUACUGAUGGACACGUCCAAACUCAUUCCGAAAGGUAACCAUUUUGUACGAUGGGAUUCUCACACAGGGAAACUGUUCGAAAAGUUUGAGUGGAAGACGCGAUGGUCCGUAAUGCCUAUUCAGUACUACAUCAUCGAUUUUGGAAUUUCUUUGCAAUGCUUAUCCAAAGAUGCUCGAGGACUUGGACAAUGGGGUCAAGACCGAACGGUACCAGAAAUGCUGAAGAACGAAUGGUGCAAUCUUUUUAUGGUUGACAUAUAUCAGCUGGGAAAUGUAUUUAAACGAUGUAUCACGAGAUACCAAGGCCUCAAUGCCUUCAUUGAACUAGCCGAUGCUAUGACAAAGGAGAAUCCGAACGAACGGCCGACUGCUACAGAAUCUGUUCGCAUGUGCAAAAAGAUUAUUGCUGAUAUAACGGAAGCGGGAAAAAUGGCCAAACGUGUAUGGCGACUGGAUCAGACAUUGGAUGGUAGACAAACCUCCGCCCUGAUGCUUAGCACCCUCGAUCGAAUUCAAGUUAGAUUAGGAUGGAAUCCUACACUUUGA